GUGGGCUUCCAAGUGUUCGUUAUGUCGGGUCGUGGGAAAGGGGGGAAGGGUCUCGGAAAGGGGGGCGCCAAACGCCACCGCAAGGUCCUGCGCGAUAAUAUCCAGGGCAUCACCAAGCCCGCCAUUCGGCGUCUGGCCCGGCGUGGUGGCGUCAAGCGCAUCUCCGGCCUUAUCUAUGAGGAGACCCGCGGGGUGCUGAAGGUGUUCCUGGAGAACGUGAUUCGGGACGCUGUUACUUACACCGAGCACGCCAAGCGCAAGACUGUCACCGCCAUGGACGUGGUCUACGCGCUCAAGCGCCAGGGACGCACCCUUUAUGGUUUUGGCGGCUGAGUGUUUAGUUUUGUGUCUGUUCCUUUAACAAAAGGCCCUUUUCAGGGCUUC